AUGAUUAAAAAAAUAUCCUCAUUCUACCCUUCUUCUAAUGACAAAACCGCCACCUCUCAACCUUAUCCUUGGAAGAAUACGAGAAAAAUUCUCGUAUCGCUCUCAAUUCUGAUGAGCCUAGAUCUAGAAUUCCUCGUCUUCUAUGGCGUCUAUCAACUUGCCAGCAAAGCAAUUAAAAUUUCGGGUUUGAAGCAGAGGGGAAAGUUCAAGUUCCUCGCAUUUAUAUUCACCGAACAACCAAACUGGCCUUUGGUUGGCGCUAUUUGCGAGAUUGGUGAAUUAUGCUUUUUGGGAAGAAGAGAAAGAACGCUACUGAGAACGAAGAGAAAAGGGAAGAAACCCCUCCCUCCACAACCUAUUCGGGAAAAAAUCCCCGCAUCCAUCAAAUACAAUUCCUCACCACUUAACGGAAUUGAACACAAUAUUGCCACGGGGUCGGACAAACCACACUCAUACAAGACAAUAAUAUGUAAACCAAAGGAAAUAUACAAAGCCGAUACCGACGCAGAAGAUAAGAAAGAAAUAGAAAUUUCUUCCGAUCUCAAACAUUCAGAAAGUCAAUCUCCCUCGUCCCAAGUAAAAAAACGUCUUUUCCUCAAUUUCGUGGACUUUGACACCAAGGAAGAAAGGCCGACCCAUCUGGAUAAGCGUGCUAUUGCAGACGAAACAAGAUCCCCGACUUUUUCUCUUUCUCCAUUUCAUUUUACCAAACUCCGGUCAAAAAUCCCCGUUAGCCUUCCAAGCUCUCUGAGAUCAAGAAUCCCGAUUGGAGGGAUUGGAAGAAAGCUGAAGGAUAUUUUGGAAAAUGCAGAAACGACUGCUGCUAAGAUUGAGGCCGGUGAUAAAGAUGAAAAUGAAGAUCAAGAUGAAGAUGAAAGUCAAGAUGAAGAUGAAAUGGAAUCAGGUUUCUUGACUCCUUCAACUUCUUCAAGUGAAUGGGUACCUGUUGAAUCACCAUUGGCUCCCUCAGCCCACCCUGACCUACAUUUGAGGAUGAUGCUGAGGAUGAAGAGGAGGACAUGCCGUCUGGUUUAUUGA